GGAAGAUGUGUGGAUAGGCGUAGCCAGAGUUCAAGUUCUGCUUCCUGUCCCACUCACCGGCCAUCUCUAACUUGUCAGAGAAGGAAGCAGACGUUCCCCUACCCACAAAGAUGGCUGGUGUUUGCCUCCGAUACGCGAUCUGCCUCUUGACAUACUGUGCUCUGCAGCUGUUUUGGCUCUUCCUCCAUGAUGUGGAGGCUUCCAGUUGUCAACGUGUCAUCCAUAAGAAAGUUGGAGACACCGUGGAGUUGUCAUCCUGCUUACCAACUGAAGAGGUCAUAAUGGCACUCUGGAGAUAUGGAUCGUCAAUAAUUGCAGAAAAAGAUAAGAAACUUUCUGAAAACCAUCAGUUCAAAGGCAGAUUAGACUUUAACCCCACAACCUUCAGUUUAACAGUGAGAGAACUGACUCUCCAAGAUUCUGGUGAUUAUCAUUUUGCCUCUGCGGUGACUGGCAAACAGAGGGGAACAGUCAUCAUCACCCUGCAAGUUCACGAGACCAUUACUAAAGAGCCCAACGUCUUUUUCAAUUCCACCUGGCACCCCUCAAAUGAAUCCUGUACGGCUUUGCUGAAGUGCAGUGCACCCCCUGAAAGCAAUGUCACCUACAACUGGACGGUGGGGAACCAAACUAUAACUGGCUCCAGCCUGGAAUACAGCAUGCGACCUCAGGACGGAGAAACCAAAUUCACCUGCACUAUUUCCAACAUUGUCAGUGAGAUGUCAGCAUCCAGAACCGAGAGUUGCAGCAACAAUACAGCUGACCCAUCUAAACCAGCUGAUGGUUCUGUCUACGAAACGAUGAGAGGCUCUAAAGAUGCUGAAACAGGUACAGUGAUGAUUGUGCCUAUGAAAACACGAGAGGCUCUGCAGAAGCUGGGAAAGCACAUUCGCAUGGGGUAA